AUGGAUGAUAAAACGCCACCGCUGAUUAGCUCUAGAGUAGUUCGAACUAAGUAUGGAGAUAUACGAGGCUUUAUAAUGACUCCAGAAUCCCGAUUCCUUGAGCCAGUUGAAGUGUUCCGUGGAGUGCCUUAUGCGUCUCCUCCCGUUGGGUCUUUAAGAUUUAUGCCUCCAGUAUCAGGUGCUCAAUGGUCUGGUGUCAAAAUUGCUGAAGAAUUUAGCCCAGUUUGCCCACAAGUGCUCCCUGAUAUAAGAAACGAAACAGCGGUCUUGAAAAGGAUAUCGAGAGGGAGAUUAGAUUACUUGAAGAGGAUAUUGCCCUUUCUGACAAAUCAGUCCGAGGAUUGUCUCUAUCUGAAUAUCUACGCGCCAGCUCAAGCAGGUGUGAGAGAUGCUGUGGCGAGAUACCCAGUUUUGGUGUUCGUCCAUGGCGAAAGCUACGAGUGGAGCUCCGGUAAUCCUUACGACGGCGCUGUGCUUGCUUCACAAGCGGGCUUAGUCGUAGUCACAAUCAACUACAGAUUGGGUAUAUUAGGUUUCCUUAAUCCACGAUCUGACGACUUUCCACGGUCGCCAGCUAACUAUGGCCUAAUGGACCAGAUAGCAGCUCUUCAUUGGAUCAAAGAAAAUGUGGCAGUGUUCGGCGGUGACCCCACCAACGUUACUCUCCUGGGGCAUGGAACCGGAGCAGCAUGUGUUCAUUUCUUGCUGACAUCACUAGCCGUUCCGGAAGGAUUGCUGUUUCAUAGAGCAAUACUGAUGUCUGGAUCUGGUCUCAGCCCAUGGUCUCUGGUCGCGGACCCGCAUAAAUAUGCGUCAAUAGUAGCGAGACAUGCUAAUUGUUCUCCCGAUUUAACACCACCAGCUCUAUUGCGAUGUUUACGUGAAAGACCAUUGGAAUCCUUGCUAUCAGCACCAGUGCAAGCUCCAGACUUCUCAUAUGCUUUCGGUCCUAGUGUUGACGGUGUUGUUAUUGAUACCGGAGACCUUCUCAUGAACCCUGAGAAUGGCUAUGAAUGGGGAGGUCAAGCAGCGCGCACUGCUGAUGGCAAGCAAGUGCAAACCGCCGUCAAUAUUAUUAAUGCAGUACUGAUGCGGAAGAGUGCAGUUGCACAACUCACCAAGUAUGAUCUAAUGCUUGGUGUGACAAAGGCAGAAGCUUAUUUUGCGUUUAGCGGUGACGACGUCCAAUACGGAAUUGAAGCUGACCGAAGAUCGAAAAUUUUGAAGUCCUUUGUCCGUAACACAUACAGUUAUCAUUUGUCGGAAAUUUUGGCCACAAUUAUUAAUGAAUAUACUGACUGGGAGAAGCCGGUUCAACAUCCAAUCAAUAUAAGAGAUGAAACACUCGAAGCAUUAAGUGACGCUCAAGUUGUGGCACCAAUAGUUCUUACUGCUGAUACACAUUCAGCGCUCCGACGAAACUCAUAUUUAUACGUGUUCGACUAUCAAACUAAAUAUGGCGACUAUCCUCAGCGUCAGGGUUGUAUUCAUGGCGAGGAGCUUCCAUACAUAUUUGGGGCACCGCUAGUUGGAGGAUUGGCCCAUUUCCCACGAAAUUAUACCAAAGCUGAAGUAGCGCUUUCCGAGUCUGUUAUGCUGUACUGGGGAAAUUUUGCAAAGACGGGAAAUCCCAAUGAAGCCCAAGAAAGUGAUCCCAUUAGAGCUGGCAGGCAAGAAAGAGUUCGAAUGAAAAAUAUGGAGUGGACUGCAUACGAAGCGGUACAUAAAAAGUAUCUGAAUAUUGACAUCAAAUCUAAGUUAAAAAAUCAUUAUAGGGCACACAGGCUAUCAUUCUGGUUAAACUUGGUACCAGAUUUGCACCGUCCAGGAGGAGAAGACGUUCCACCUUCUCACCACCAGCUCGAGCAUGAAGAUUCUUCCUUGCAGCCUACUAUUAAAUCAUUUACACCACCGUUUAAAAAAAACACUGAUCUGAUAUUAACAGACACUGGCGUUGCCACUAAAGUUCCGGUGUUAGCUGUCCUCAAUGUUACUUCACCUUUGAAUUUCAAUAUAAUUAGUCUGAAUUCAGCAACUCAAAACCCUGGAGGCUCUGAUAAUCAUAAAUCAGAUACGCCUACUUCACCACCACCAGAAGAUGGAUUUGCCGCUUACUCAACCGCAUUAAGCGUUACAAUUGCUAUAGGUUGUUCCUUACUUAUAUUGAACGUAUUGAUAUUUGCUGGAGUAUACUACCAGAGAGAUAAAACAAGGAUGAAUGGACAAGAUGGACACAAUGGAUCGCAUUUAAAGAAACGUGUUGAGAAUGGCCAGAUGCCUAAUAAUAUUUGUGGGGAUCUCGAAGGUACAUUAUCGUAUCAAACAAGUCUCAAAAACGACCCUGCUACUAUACUUAGUCAUCAUCAUUCUCAUUCCCAUCAUCAGCUACCACCUCCAGAAUUUGCCGAUUUGCCAAGUAAUAAUGUUGCAAGUAUGGCGACUUUACCACGUGCUCCACCACCACCAAAAUUAGGAAAAAGCAAUAUUAACACAUUAGCCAGCGGGCAGCUGCAGGAAAACCAACCUUUGUUGUCAGCCCAUCAAAUGCAAAUGAUAAAUACAAGUACACUAACGAAAAAGAAUACCCAACUCAACGCCAAGUCCAAUGUUACAAUGGAGGAGUUGAGGGUGUGA